AUGGAUUUCACAGACACGAAACCCAUACAGAAUGUGGGCACCGACCUGAGCCUGCCAUCGCCUGCCGCGACCUCUGCGCCUGCGCCCGCGUCUGCGCCCGCGCCCGUCAUCAAGCGGCGCUCCCCAAUUGCAUGCCGGAGAUGUCGCCGCAUGAGGAGUAAAUGCCUGCACGACAAAGCCAAACCACCAUGCGUGGCCUGUCGGGAGGCUGGCCUGAGUGCCGCAGACUGCAUAUUCCCCGUCCGUGGCCAGCCCGACAAUGAUCGCGAAUACCGCCACCCGCGCAUGCGGGCCGACAAGAGCCAGAAGAGAGACUCGGCCAAGAUGCGUCGCGAUAUACUCGAUGCCCCCGUCAUUCCUUCACCUGCGCCGCUCAAGAACAUCAAGGGCGUCGACGAGUGGGACUAUCUCCCAACGCUGCCGGAUACCAUCGAGGCCGUCAACCAGUUCACUAGGAACUACUUCCAGUUGGGUUUCAUCCCCAAACAAGCCUUUCCCGAGCGCCUGCGGACCGACUCUCGAUCCAUCAGUGUCUUCCUCUUGCUCAGCAUCCUGAGCAUAUCGGCGCGCUUCACCCCAUCUCUUGUGGAACGGUACGGUGGCGGCAUGAAGGCUGCCGAGACAUUCAUGGACAGGGCAACCGCGGUGGCAUUAUCAGAACUCUAUCAAGUGCCCAGUCUGGAGAGGUGUCAGGCCUUCUACCUGCUCAGCAUCGCCCAACAGGGCAGUGGGAUGAAGAACAAGAGCUACAUCAACAUGGGCAUCGCCAUGAGGAUGGCCGCCUUGAUGCGGCUGCACCGAGAAGAGACGUACGCGCUUCAGAAUCCAUCAAAGGAAAUGGUUAUCGCUGCUGAGUCGGCACGUCGAACUCUGUGGAUGCUUCACAGCCAAGAUAACCUUCAUUCUGGUCCCGAGUCCCCUGUUUCUCUUGCCGCUGGUGACAUCACAGCCCUCCUUCCAUGCAGCGAGGAGGACUUUGCCAAAGGCCAAGAGCCACCUUCCCGGGCAGCACUCGAAGACACGCCUCCUGCGAUAGACAAUCCUAAAUUAAUAUCUGACCCGAGGCGUUCUCUAUUCGCGACGCUGAUCCAGACACACUACUUCUGGGGCCGGGUUUCCCGCAGGGCUGUCAAGUAUGACAGAAGCUCCCGACCCUGGGAAGACACCAGCGAGUACGCAGAGCUAGUUGCGAAGCUUCACGAGUGGGAGAGCAAUCUGCCACACGAGCAUAUGUGGAGUCCUGUCCUGCUCAAGGGCUACAAGGCAGGGGGCCAGGACCUGGCCUAUCUGAGCAUUACAAACUCCACACGAUUGUGCAACAUCGUACUGCGGAAGGCAUAUUUGAGCGAGAUGAUCAACCUUGACCAAUCAGACGCUCAACUGCAGACUUUCUGGUCCAACAUGUCGCUCGAGCUCUUCAAAAAUGUCAAGCUCCUGUAUGAGCAGAUAGAGACGCAGUUCAUGGAGAGAGCAGCUGACGACAGCCUGGGUGCUCAGAUGGCCUUGUUCUGCGUCUUUAGUUGCGGCCACAUGGCUACGUAUUUGUGCAAAUAUCCAAACGUCUGUCCGGAUCCCAUGAUCAGCCGAGAUGGACCCAUCAUGCUCCAACGAGCCAUGCAGAUCCUCACGGAAGCAUCCCAGGUGUGGCCACUAGCUGCUCGAUGGCUCGAGAACCUGGAGAAGUUCUACCGUGAUAAUAAGGGUGCCAUACCCGGCAUAGAGGGAAGCAUGGACGACAGCCGUGAUCCUGUACCCGAGGCUCUGCAAGCGGCACUCGCGCGGCCUCCCUCCAGGAACGGAACUGGGACGAACCACACAGCCAAUCAGGACGCUAGCAACCAGCAAACCCGCAACGGCGAGACCUCCUCCAAUGCUGUGAUGCAAGCGCCGCCCCAGGUCCCGACACCGAUGAUGUACAUCGAUCCAAGUAUGCGAAUGUCUCAGAGCCAAGGACAAAUACCACAGUCGCAGGCAGCACAGGCCAUGGCCGGGAUGCAGCAGCAGCAGCUUGGAGACCGACCUGCUACCGACGGCUUGGGACUGCUUCUCGAGGCCUUCGACUCCCACCAAGGAGCGAACAUGGCGGCAGCAGGCGCAGGUCAGCCAUACGACCCCAACCUCGCUGCAAACCAGGCCGGCUACUACGGACAGCCAGGCACGGCCAUGCCUGGCAACGACGGAUACGAGAAUGAGCUGCAGUUCUACAUUGACGGAGCGCCAAGCGUGCAUGGAUGGGUCGGCACAGGUGCGGGAAUGUAUGGUUACUGA